AUGAGCUAUAGAUCAUCAAUAAUUUUGCUCAAAGACACAGAGUCAAUUCAAUCAUAUGGUCCGCUGAUUUCCAAAGCUGCUGAACUCUCCACCAUAGAUAGCUCAUUGGACAUAUUGAUUGUGUCUCCAGUAACAAAAUUAAACCAUUUAGAUGUUUUACUAGCUGAAAUUUAUACAUUGGCUACGGAUACUUUACAAUUGACUGAAAAACCACAAAUCAAAACUCGUGUUCUUUUUAAUAAACACUAUAAAGAUAUCAAAGAGCCUGAUUGGGAUUUGUUAAUACUUGACACAUCAGAUAAUUCACUUGAUGAAUUUGAAUAUGAAGAUAGAGAUUUAAUACAUACUGUUAACGUACAAAGAUCUGAAAGUGAACCAAUAAAGUUGAAGCAAGAAAAGGAUGACUCUUCCGAAUCUAUUGAAAGUGUUGUUGCUCUUGGUGGUACUUUUGAUCAUUUUCAUGAUGGUCACAAAAUUCUUUUAACAGCUGGUGCCUUCUUAGCUAAAGAUAAAUUGAUCGUUGGUAUAACAGAUGAUGAAUUAUUAGAAAAGAAAAAAUACAAGGAAUUUUUACAAUCAUAUGAUUAUAGAAAACAUGUUGUCUUAGAAUUUUUAAACCAUAUAAGGCCAGAUUUAGAAAUUGAUCCAAACGCAAUUCGUGAUAUUUGUGGCCCAACUGGUUAUAUAGAAGAAAUUGAUUCAUUAGUUGUCAGUAGGGAAACCAUAGCUGGUGGUGAUUAUAUCAAUAAGUUUAGAGCUGAAAAGGGAUUUAGACAGCUAAAAGUCCAUGUUAUUAAUGUCAUUGGCGGUGAAGAAGAUGAUGGGUUCCAGAACAAACUGAGUAGUACACAAUUAAGAAAAGAAGAAUAUGAAGCCACUCAUAAGACAUCAGCUGGAUUAUAA